AUGAAGGCUUCGCUGAAGGGCCGAUACGAGGUGAACGAGAGCGCCAGCGCCGUGGCCACCUUCGCCAUCGAUGCCGGCGACGUCCGCCUCAAGGCCUCCAUAUCCGAUGCCACCUUCGUCCUCUCCCUCGAGAAGCCCGGCGCAUUCAUCCUCGACUGCCACCUUCCCACCAAGUUCAUGAAUUCGAUCCGGCUGAUGGAGAAUACGGUGAAUCUGACCUACACCCACGCGCCGAGGGACAACCGGGCGGCCCUCGAUGGUUCCGUUGCCCUUGAUUUCUCCAACAAGGUCUCCGUCAGCUACUCCUUCGGCACGCCUGGCGCCUGCAAGGACGUGUCCAAGAACGCCUGGGACUUCGCCCUCACCAGGAAGUUCGAGGGGGAAGACUCCCUCGAGUCCACCUACCACACCACCAACAAGAAUCUCGGCAUCGAAUGGAGCAAGGACUCCAUUGUCAACGGCUGCUUCAAGAUAUCUGCAACUGUCAAUUUAGCAGAGCUACAAAAAGUUCCAAAGUUGAUUGCUGACAGUACGUGGAAUUACGAGAUGUAA